GCUUGCCUUUGUCUUCAACAUUUUUCUAAAUUCUUGCUAAUAACUUUAAAAAAUUAAGCAAAAACAAAAAAUCAAAAAAAAUGACGAUCGAAAACAAUGCCGAGCCAGGCGAGGAGCGAGAUGACAGGAGAGCCUCACUCGGAGUAGCGCCAAGGUUCUGGCAUGCUUUUUUGACUGCUCACUCUCCCGAUAGGGCGAGCAGGCAGGGCCCUACGGAUUUUGAGGGUCGUAAAAAACUAAAAAGUAUUAAAAAAUGAUGCAGUGGCGGCGAAAGUUGGGGGACAUAUGAGGACAUUACCAUUGUGAGAUUGUAGGACGAGUGCUUAUUAUUAUAGUGGAUUUUUCUGAAUUUCUGAGAUGAUGCCCCUUUUCUGGAAUCUUCCAGAAAGAAACCAAUGUGGAGAAGAAGGUUGUCUCAUUUUCACCGUAACCGGCUCAUUUUUAAGAAUGUUGAUUGCGCAAAGAGGAAAGAUUGUUUUCGUUUGUGAAUGAAUUUUGAUGAUAAGAAAUUAAAUUCGGAAAUCGGAAUGACUCACAAUUUGUAAAAUUUAUUAAUGGGUUAGUUUAGACGUCAUAUGAUGAAUUUGUCGUGGCCAAAAGGGAUGCAAUGAAAGUCGGGUGAUGGCCAACUUUUGUCUUGUAUCGUUUGACUUGCCAGCCGAAUGACGGACGACCUGUCACGACCUGUCACGACAUUCCUGAAAAUCUGCAGGGCAAUCGAACUCAUCAAAUCGCUUCCAAGAACAGAAUUCUCAACUUUCUGGAGAGCCAGUGAAGGACGUGGAGCGAUCUAUCGACUCCUUCCAAGUUCAAAACUCUGCCCAUGCUGGACAACACGCACGACGUAAUAAGUGAACCAUCAGGGAUGUUAUGUCUUGUCACGUAAAAAGUGACGAGGAAUUUGUUGAAGAGUAUGCAAAUCGUGUUACCAAUCUGCAAGGAAGUCUAGCUCGUCAAAUCGCACCUCCUCGCAAAAUCUCUCUUCUGCUCGGCUGAUGAGAUUCAGCAGCCUGCCUGCUUCCAAUUUUAAAUUCUCGCCAUUUUGCAAAGCACUGCAGUCAGUGUCAGUCCACGUUGCCAGCCUUGCCUUAUCCAAUAAUUAAUAAAUCCUCGACAUUUAUCCGUCAACUUCCAAGUUUAUCUGUGAAAGAGGAAGGUAAUUACUGCAGUUGGUAGGAAAAAAGGAAAGAUGGCACACGUACCACUGUCCCCACAGUCGUUUCGAAGGGCGCAGGUUAAAUGGCAUACCUGGCUUGAAGAGAAACUUGCUAUCAGAGCGGCGGAAGCAGGAGAGGUCUUUGUGCCUACCCCACUUCCAGAACCAAGUUAUGAAGAAGCCGUGAGCCCUCCCCCGUCUCCCAUAGUCCUUCCACCCCCACACGAGUAUGUACCAAGAACAGCUGAGAACAAGGAGGAGGUCGUCCCAGCUCGGGCUCCUCAAUCAUUCCCACCCAGUGACGAGGACCCUCUGUUUGUGAAGGUUAGGCCUAGGCCUAGGCCGGUGAAAAGGUGCUCUCCUUCACGCUCCACCGUCGCUUCGCGCGUAAUUAGAUCUCCUCGAAAUAGAUCUCGAAGAGGGACCCUAGAAAAAAGCGAGGGGGAGACAUCUUCUUCAACGGCCGGUCCAAGGAAUGGAAAUCGAACACGUGGCCGACCUCGAGUAAAGAGUGUGGGAAAGAAGAAGGAUGACAACAUUCGGUCAAGAUCACCUGUUCACAAGGAGAAUUCGAGUCCUGUCACCCCUUUCAAGAAAAAAGGUGCCUUUAAGAAACUCGAAACAGCGCUGGGUGUCAGCAGUGAGAGCGAGAAACCCACGGAUAUCGUGAGCAUAGCUGGGGAGGCUGCCGAUGCUUUUGGAAUGGAAGAUGAUGAACAGGGUGGUGAAAUAGUUGAGCAUGAUGACCACGCUCGAGAUUCCAGAGCUGACAAGAUUUCAGAGUAUGUGGCAGAAAUGAAGGGUCAUCUUAUUCGACUCACCAGCAGCCUUGCUGGCGACGAAGCUGGAGUGAAGGCUUUCCAUCACGACUUGGUGCGCGAGCUCCUGCCCGCCAUGACCUUGCCGGAGCUGAAACUUGACAUGUGGAAAGUGUGGCAGGUCUUGGCCGCAGUAACGAAAUAGCCCACAGGAAAUUUAAACUACUUUGAAAUGAAUCAACUUUUUUUGAAUAUUUAUUAAUCAUCUAUUGGUAGAAAGAUAAGCAAUUAAUCGAACAAUAUUAAGUAACCAAUCCCAAAUUAAAUGUCUAUAGUUCUUAAUUGAAGAUUAGUAAUUCCUACUAAAUUUGUAGUAUUUGAUGUUUUGUUAAUAUAGCAAAUUUGAUAUGUUCAUUAUAAUAUUUAUAUUACAAUUAUUCUGCUGGUUACAAAUAAUUUGGUCUGUUGUUAUGUUGUUAAUAAAAACUGUGUCACACGCUGGAAA